CCACGUCUUUACCGAAAAUGUUCGCACAGAUUCUUGUUGCCGCAUUGGUGUUGUGCGCUGUCGCGACUGAUGCACAGGUCAUCAGUAUCGGAAAAUGCGCGCCCGUUACGGUCAAGCAAGACUUUGACCUUUCCCAAUAUCUGGGAAGAUGGUAUGAACAACAGCGCUACUUCACCAUCUUCGAAAUCGGACUGGACCGCGUCACCGCCAAUUAUAGCAUUCGUUCCGACGGCGAUGUAAAGGUCAACAACACCGGCCGCCAAAACAACGGCCAGCUUGAUUCCGCCAUUGGUCGAGCGUAUGUUCCCGACGCCAGUAUUCUGGCUAAACUGCUGGUCAAGUUUAACGAAAAUCAGCCGGCUGGAGAUUACUGGGUGAUUGAUACUGAUUACACCGCAUUUUCAGUUGCAGAGUUUUUAUGGCUGCUGAGCCGUGACCGUUCGGGUUACACGACCAGCGUCCAGCAGCGCGUGGAGCAGAUCCUCAGUCAACAAACAGCACAUCAGUCCGAAGCCACUCAAGCCCUUUAA